GUAUAUAUUCUUAUAUUCAUUUAAGGUAGUAUAGUUAUGUGCCUCUAACGGCUCCUUUGUACAAAGUAUACUAUAUAAUGAUAUCAAUAGAAUGAGACCAAUCAUCGAUUGGAUUAAACCUAAUCAAACAUGGUAUCAGAGCUUGUGCUCUAAUAGCCGCCUCCUAAACCUUUCGUUAUUAUUUCUGCUCUCUUUACUGUUCAUCAUCUUCUUCCUCUGUUUCUAAAUCUCUCUCUCCUCUGGUUCUAAACAUUUCUUCCCUCUCUCACUUCUCAAACUCUAUGUUUCUUCUUCUCUCUCUCACUUCUUCCCUUUUUCACAAGUUACAAACGUAACGAUGGCGGCACAACCAACUCAAAUCUCCGACCGUACCUUGAGUCUCACCCAAAUUAAGAAUCAUAUUCCAAUCAUUUUGGACAUGAACCAGAUGAACUAUGAUCUUUGGCGUGAACUCUUCGAGACACACUGUCAUAGCUUCACCGUUCUUGGCCAUCUCGAUGGCACUUCUCUCCCGACGGAUCCGACAGACACAGCUUGGUCCCAAGUCGACGGCACUGUCAAGAUGUGGAUCUACGGAACAAUAUCUGAAUCGCUUCUCAAAUCAGUUCUCAAAACCAAGUGCUCUGCACGUGAGCUAUGGACCACCAUUGAGAAUCUGUUUCGUGAUAACAAGGAAGCUCGAGCCAUCCAGCUCGAAAACGAGCUCCGGUCAUUGACGAUUGGCGACCUGUCCGUUCAUGAGUACUGUCAGAAACUGAAAACUCUUUCUGAUCUUCUAGCCAAUGUCAACUCACCUAUCACAGAACGUGUCCUCGUGAUGCAUCUCCUAAAUGGUCUUAGUUCCAAAUUUGAUAAUAUUGUUAACGUCAUCAAACAUCGAUCUCCUCCAUGUUCUUUCAGUGAUGCUCGCUCCAUGCUCAAGGAUGAGGAAGACCGUCUCAAGACGCAACGACGACCAGAUCCUUCGCACGUUGAUCAUGCCUCCUCUCCCCAAGUUCUUCUUGCUGCAUCACCACAGACCUAUGACAACAGAACAGCAUCCUCAGCUCCUCAAUACCAAAAUAACCGAAACAGUGGUCGCAACAACCGUGGAAAUAGAGGAGGUGGUCGCCAUAAUAGGGGACGUGGCAACUCAAAUUGGAAUAGUGGCAACUGGAAUCAACAACAGCCAACUUCUUGGAAUGGACACAAUCAGCUGCAGUGGCCUGCUCUUCCUCCGUGGUCCAUGUACCCACAAUGGGCCAACAUGCCGAUGUGGCCUGGUUCGCCGUGGUCUCAGCCAAACCCUCAAGUAAGAGCUACGGCUGCGCCUCAUACACUGCAGAGACAGUCCCGUCCGUCCCCAGGGAUCUUAGGUCCAGCACCUCCUUCCACUGGUUCAGCUUAUCUUGCAGGAAUGCACCAAACCCCUUCUGUGGAAUCUAACGAUCUCAUACCCACAACUCUUGCUAACGCCUUCAAUACCAUGACUCUCACUGAUCCAUCUGAUGCUGGCUGGUACAUGGAUUCAGGUGCGACUGCUCAUCUCACUUCUCAGCCAGGACCUUCGUACUCGGACUCCUCUCAUCCGAUGUGAUAGCAAAGGCCCGCUUUACUCUAUCUCGUCUCCCUCUGCUCCUUCUUCACCACAAGCCUUCAUUUCCUCUGCCACUGCUUCAACUUGGCAUCGCCGUUUAGGACACCCCGGUCAUUCUGUUCUUCGUCGU